GGGACUAGGAGAACCUCUUGAUUCCGAGACUCACGCGCACCACUGGAGCCAGGGGGUGUGGCCAACGUGACAAGAGGCGGGGCCUGGGAGGGUCUUGAUGACUGGGCGAUCAGGCGGUGCUGCGGGCAGCCCGCGACAAGGCCGGGAAGAUGGCGGCCUCCUGGAGGCUGGGCUGUGACCCUCGGGUGCUACGCUACCUCUUGGGCUCCGGCGGCUGCCGAAGACUGGGGCUGGUGAGGGGCGCUUCCGGAUGGUCUUUCGGUCGCGGAGCUAGUUGGAGAUGGCUUCACAGCACGCAGUGGCUGCGGGUUGAUCCCAUUAAGAUACUGAUGCCAUCGCUGUCUCCUACAAUGGAAGAAGGAAAUAUUGUGAAAUGGCUAAAAAAGGAAGGUGAAGCUGUGAGUGCUGGAGAUGCCUUAUGUGAAAUAGAGACUGACAAAGCUGUGGUUACCUUAGAUGCAAGUGAUGAUGGCAUCUUGGCCAAAAUAGUGGUUGAAGAAGGAUCUAAAAAUAUACGGCUAGGUGCACUAAUUGGUUUGCUAGUUGAAGAAGGAGAAGAUUGGAAACAUGUUGAGAUCCCCAAAGAUGUAGGUCCUCCGUCACCAGCUUCAAAACCAUCAGUGCCUUGCCCCUCGCCAGAACCACAGAUUUCUACUCCUGUCAAAAAGGAACAUAUACCGGGAAAACUGCAGUUCCGUUUAAGUCCAGCUGCCCGUAAUAUUCUGGAAAAACACUCCCUGGAUGCUAGCCAGGGCACAGCCACUGGCCCUCGGGGGAUAUUCACUAAAGAGGAUGCUCUCAAACUGGUCCAGUUGAAAGAAACGGGCAAGAUUACUGAAUCCAGACCCACCCCAACCCCUCUAGCUACUCCUGCAGUGCCUCUGCCCCCACAGGCCAUGGCCACGCCACCAUACACACGGCCAAUGAUCCCACCGGUCUCAACUCCUGGACAACCGAAUGUAGUGGGCACAUUCACUGAAAUCCCUGCUAGCAAUAUUCGAAGAGUUAUUGCCAAGAGGUUAACUGAAUCUAAAAGUACUGUACCACAUGCAUAUGCUACUACUGACUGUGACCUUGGAGCUGUUUUAAAAGCUAGACAAAGUCUGGUCAGAGAUGACAUUAAAGUAUCAGUAAACGAUUUUAUCAUCAAGGCAGCAGCUGUUACCCUUAAACAAAUGCCAGAUGUUAAUGUAAGCUGGGAUGGAGAGGGCCCAAAGCAACUGCCCUUUAUUGACAUUUCAGUGGCUGUGGCAACAGAUAAAGGUUUAAUUACGCCAAUCAUAAAAGAUGCUGCCGCUAAGGGUAUACGGGAAAUUGCUGACUCUGUAAAGGCUCUAUCAAAGAAAGCGAGAGAUGGAAAACUGUUACCUGAAGAAUACCAAGGCGGAUCUUUUAGUAUUUCCAACUUGGGCAUGUUUGGCAUCGACGAGUUUACUGCAGUGAUCAACCCUCCUCAGGCCUGCAUUCUGGCCGUGGGGAGAUUCCGGCCUGUGCUCAAGCUCACGCGGGACGAAGAGGGGAAUGCCCAGCUGCAGCGGCACCAGCUCAUAACGGUCACCAUGUCAAGUGACAGCCGGGUGGUGGACGACGAACUGGCUACCAGCUUUACCACGACCGGCACGUCAGCUGGCCUGAAAUUGGGUGCUGAUUUAAAUACCCAGUCACAGAAAGGCUUGUGUUGGCGUCUGCUACCCGGAAUCCCCAGAAAGCAGACCACGUGGUAUGACGGCACGCUGCCUACGCUCUAACCGAAGAGCUUCUAAAACCAUCGGAGCCCCAGUAUAUCAGCUGUUAAGAAUAUGCUUAAUCCAAUUACUCUUUACAAACUGUUUUUUUUCAAAGCAGUCUUAAAAACCUUUGUCAUAUUAACAGUUAGACUAAAAAUUGUCCCCAAAUGCUCUUUUCAAAGUAACUCUUGCAAGUUAUGUUACUCUCAGUUUUAACUGAAAUUACUUGUUUUCUCUUAAUUUUUAUAUCUGAGGAAUAGAACUUGAGACAGCCAUAAGCAUUGGCGUGGAGCUCUGUUUUCCACAGACGGACAUGCGUACAUGGCAAUGCACCUGUUUCCCCGGCAGGGAGCUGGGCACUCGUAGCCACCACUGCCUGCCUUGGAAAGUCGGGAACUGCACAGCAGAAAUACCGUGUACGCUUGAGGCAUUUUGAUUUUUCAUGGGCUCACCUCACAGCUUUCGGUACAAAUUCAUUCUGACUAGAAGCGUUUUCUCUAAUACUUACACUGAUUAUGUAAGUGUAAUACAUACACUUGGCCAUAGCACUGAUCUGAGUAACACGGUUUGGGUUGUUCUAGAGAACGAGCUCUAUGCUGUUUAGGCAGGCUCCCUCCUCCAGUUUUUAUAGAUACAUAUAGAUAUAGAUAUAGAUAUAUGUUUAUUUCUUUUUAUAUGUAUUAUUUAUAUCUUAUUGUAUGUGUGUAAUAGAUACUCGUUUUUGUAGUACUGAGAGGUAUCACACUGAGAGGAUAUAAAAAUUAAAUUUGAUAUCUGGUCAUCUUUUUCCUCAUUUAAGCAGGGAAGAUGAGUAAAAUUUGGGGAAGACUUCUAAAAAAAAGGCAGCACACAUUUCUUUUAACACUUGGGCAUGAAAAGAAAUAUCAAUGACUGUUUAUAAGUCAAAUGGCCCUGCUUCUCCCCUUGCAAUUUCCAGGUGACCCGUACAGAGUUUGUUCACUAUUUUGUGGCAUCAAUAUAUUGCUGGCCCACCUCCUUUGUUUGCAACAAUACUAAGCGAUUUAUAUGUGCUAGUGCAGCUAUCUUACGUGGAAUGUCAAAUGGAACUUUUAUUUUUAGAUUUUUUUUUUCUUCUUCUUUGCGUUGCGGAUUUAAUUUCAUGCUAAAUCGUACAGGCCAGCCAUUCAGACAUUCUGUUAAAAGCAAGCCUAGUUUUCUAACCUUUUAAUUGAAAGAUAGGGGGUGCUGUGAGUUAAUGGAUUAUAGUUAGAGUGUGGAAGAAAAAGUAAAAUGGCAUUUAGAUCUUCGUGUUCAAGGGAAACGUAUCCUCAUUACACAACUGCAUCAUGACGGACUUUGUCUCAGGUGACGUGAAGAAGUAAAAGAACCAAAUAUGUUGCAGGUAACAAUUAACUGUUAAUUUAGAUACGGCCUUAUUCAUGAGAAACUUCUGUUGAUUUUUCAGUCACCAGAAAAAACGGCGUAGAAUUGCUAUAAGGUUAGGCUGGCCAUGAUAUGCAAGGCAGGUCAAAAUGAGGAGAGGACAGCAGUCGGCAGGAACCAUCUGGAAGCUUUUGCCUUAAUGAAAGAGUGAGUUAACUAGACUCUGCACUAGGUCAGGGGACGUUAAAGAAGUGCGGGAGGUGAAGAAUAGUGUACACGUUAAUAUGUUGCGGUGUAUUACAGAUAUUCGGAGUGGGCAUGUGCGGUCAGAUAAUGCAGCAACAGUAAUGUAAUUUCCUGGUCCAAAACACAGUCCUCCUCGGCCCACAUCACCGGCAUCCAAAAAAUUAAGUCAUGUACAGCAAAUGAUAUAUUUCAGAAGACAUUUAAGCUUUCUGUAAAUGGAAAAAGCAGCAGUCUUCCAAUAAAAUAAUGUUAAAUAGU